UCUAUAUUUCUUUCAAUUCAUUUUAGCCUAAUGCAAUUUGGUAAUUUGGUUAGUAAAAUUGACAAUAAUAACUAAUACAUGAGCAUUAUUAAUAUUGCUAUUUGAAUCUAUGAAGCCACAAACACACAACAUGCACACAACACAAACACCGACACGUCAACACCAAUAAUAAUUUGAAAGAAUUACACAACACAAUCAGAAGUUGGUCCUAUAGAGAUUUGAAUUAAUAUUGAUCAAUGCAAACUUCCAUGGAUACUAUUGCAAGUUUAAGGAAGAAUUCAGUGUUAUAUGCUUGAGUUUAUUGAAAAUUAGGGUCUUUCGGAAAAUGAGAACUUUGUCUGUAAAAUUUUGGUAUUAUCAUGGCUGGUUAGAGAUAGAGAAACCUAUUCCAACCUUUAAUGCUAAAAAUUGAAGUUUAAACUUCAAAGUGUGUGUAUGUGGCCAUUUGUUGAGAAAAUCAACAUAAACUUGUAAGAUUACAUUUAGAUGUCUCAACUUUUUCUUUGAACUAUUGGUCUUAAUAAAUAUUUACACUUGUGCAAGGGCUCUUUCUAUGGAAGAAUAGUAACUACUCCCUCCGGUCCCUACUAUAAGUAAACAUUCACAUCUUAGGUUUAUUGAAUAACUGAUGUAUCUGGUCUAUAAUAGUAGUCGGAGAAUGUAUGAUCUUAAGGACGAAGCAAAACUAUGCCUAAUGGCAUUUGCUUUUUUGACAUUGAGACCAACAACUUGUGAAUAUGAAAUGGAAGUUAAGAAGAGACUCUUCAAUUUCAUCCAUUUGGUCUCUACUAAAUUUAUUUUCCAUUUUGUACCAAGUAUAUGAACUUAUUUACCAAAUGUUGUCAACUUGCGAAUAGCGGAAAAUAACAUACUGUUAAAAUUCCGCUAUGCAAUAGUGCUAUAGAGCCACUGUAGCCUAUUUGACAACAUUUUGUACUAAAUAGCGUAUCGUGGAACAAUAUCGAUUUGUCCAAAUUCUGCUACGUUAUAUUGGUAUAACACUGUUCUAUUCAACAACACUACUCUUACUAAACUAAUUUUCCUUUUCUGCACCAAGUAUAUGAACACAUUCGUGACCAGAAAGUGAGUCCCAUAUCAAAACGGCCGCCUAGGGUUACUCUUUCUCACCUUUUCCUCCACUGUUUGGCCGAUCGAAUCUGAACUCUGCACGAGGAUAAUGACGAUUGAUGCUUCUACAACAAUGUACAUGGAUCAGCUGGUGACCCAAAGUAAUGUUAAAAAGCCAAUGUGGUUUGAUGCUUUUCUGAAGGAAAAUUUCUUUGAAUCAUGUUCUACUCACCCGUUGCGCAAGAACGAGUUAAAGAAGUAUUGUAUAAACUGCAAUAUGCUAAUCUGUCAACAUUGUGUAUCUUUUGGUCUUCAUCGAUACCACGAGAUUCUGAAGGUACAUAGACAUCUUUGCAAGGAAGUUGUCCCCCUGCGUGCUAUUAAGAAACACUUUGACUGUUCGCUGAUUCAGAUCUAUAAAAGGCACGGGCAAGCAGUUAUUUCUCUGAAUCCUGUCAAACUCAAUGAGUUAGGGUUAGAUGCAGCAGAAUCAUGCCAAGUUUGCAACAGAAGGCUGAAUGUACCAGAUUUAUAUCGCUACUGCUCGAUUACUUGCAAGGUCGAAUCUGUUUCAAAAAAGUCCAAGCUUGAGAAUCCAGUUAGCACAACACCAGUUGAAUCUUCCUCGGUACCUUCCAUCCAGAGUCCUCCUCCUCCCCCUCCUCGUCGUCCUCAGGGAACACUAGAGGGCGUCUCUGAAUUCUCUUUCCGAAAAAGGAAAAGGAAGGGAAUUCCGCAGAGAGCUCCAUUAUUCUGAAGGCUCAUGUGGAACACCUAUACUCUUAUAGUUUGAUUCAGUUGGAGAAUUGAAAUAAAGUACUUUAUAAAGUUCAAAUAAUUAAAACUGUGAAUUUACUACUCAUUUGUAAUAAAGUUAGAACCAUUUUGGAUUUUUGGUCUUUUGUGACA